AUGAAUCCUCUCACACAAGUGGUAAGAGCAACUCGUCCAUUGUACCGUAAGCUGUCCACAACAGCAACACUAGCCUCGGCUCCAAAACCCAUCCCACCCACUGGAUUAUGUUUCGAGUUAAGUGAAGAGCAGAAAGCGUUGCAGGAUCUGGCUCGGAAGUUCACCAAAGAGGAGAUCAUACCAGUGGCUGCUCAAUACGACAAGAGCGGAGAAUACCCGUGGCCGAUCGUAAAGAAAGCAUGGGAAGUCGGCCUCAUGAAUGGCCACAUCCCCGAACAUUGUGGAGGUUUAGGUUUAGGUGUGUUCGACAGUUGUCUUGUGUGUGAAGAGUUGGCCUAUGGCUGUUCCGGUAUUAUGACGUCGAUUUAUAUCACCGAAGUUGGAGUGAGCAUUACUGAAUCGUUGAGACUUAUAUGGGGCAUUGGGAACUUCGGAGUUUUUGACGAGUGCAUUAUCGGUGAAGAAUUCUCCUUUGGGUGUACCGGGAUAAGCACUGCCGUUGGCGGGACGGGUGGUAUGGACGUUGGUGUAUUUGAUGGGUGUUUGGUCGCUGAAGAGUUGGCAUUCGGAUGUACUGGGAUCAUGACAGCAAUGGAAGCAAGCGGUCUGGGUCAAACCCCCGUCAUCAUAGCCGGUAACAAGGAACAACAGAAGAAAUACCUCGGCAGGCUGAUCGAUGAGCCUUUAGUGGCGGCGUACUGUGUAACUGAACCGGGUGCCGGUUCAGAUGUGGCUGGUGUCAAGACAAGGGCUGAGAAGAAAGGCGACGAAUGGAUCCUCAAUGGACAGAAGAUGUGGAUCACCAAUGGCGGUGUAGCCAACUGGUACUUCGUCUUGGCUCGUACGAAUCCUGAUCCGAAGUGUCCAGCCAGCAAGGCAUUCACUGGCUUCAUCGUGGAGAGAGAAUGGCCUGGAGUGGUUCCUGGACGCAAAGAGCAGAAUAUGGGUCAGCGUGCGUCCGACACUCGCGGUAUCACCUUUGAAGAUGUCCGUAUUCCUAAAGAAAAUGUCCUAAUUGGCGAGGGCGCUGGUUUCAAGAUAGCUAUGGGAGCCUUCGAUAAAACACGCCCACCGGUUGCCGCAGGUGCCACAGGUUUGGCCAGCCGAGCUUUACACGAGGCCACUAAAUACUCUUUGGAACGUAAGACAUUUGGUGUGCCAAUCGCUCAACAUCAAGCUGUUGCCUUUAUGCUGGCUGAUAUGGCCAUUGGUGUGGAAACAGCUAGAUUGGCCUGGCAGAAAUCUGCAUGGAUGGUAGACCAUGGCCAAAAGAACACGGUUCUGGCGUCAGUUGCUAAAUGUUUUGCGUCCGAAGUGGCGAACAAGUCGGCGGCCGAUGCAGUGCAAAUCUUUGGAGGAAACGGGUUCAACACAGAAUAUCCAGUAGAGAAACUUAUGCGCGACGCUAAAAUAUAUCAGAUCUAUGAAGGAACCUCCCAAAUACAAAGACUCAUCAUCUCAAGGGAGAUUCUUACAGCAGCUAAACAGAGCAACGCAUAA